AAACCCUAAAUUUGAAGCUUCUACGACGAACCUAAAUGUUAGGAACAAAGAAAGUAUGAAAUUGUAUUUAAAUAGUGUUUCUACGUUGUUGCAGGACGAGAGGUUUAACCACGACAUUGACCAACAGACGGGUUACAAAACGAGGUCACUUCUCUGCAUGCCCAUUAAGGACAUUAAUGGAGAGGUUAUUGGUGUUGCCCAGGUUAUAAACAAACAAAGCGACGGACCUUUCACGGUCAACGACGAGAAAGUGUUCGCUUCAUAUCUCCAAUUCUGCGGCAUCGGGCUGCGGAAUGCCCAGCUCUACGAGAGAUCGCAGUUGGAGGUCAAGAGGAAUCAGGUCCUGUUGGACCUCGCCAGGAUGGUGUUCGAAGAACAGAGCACGAUCGAGCACAUGGUGCUGAGGAUACUAACCCACACGCAGAGCUUGAUUCGAUGCCAGCGGGUACAGGUACUAUUAGUACACGAGGCGUCGAAGGGCAGUUUCUCCCGGGUAUUUGACCUGGAAGCCGGUGACGAUACCGACCUUGGAACUCCGAGGACUUCCCCUUACGAGAGCAGAUUCCCGAUCAACAUCGGCAUUACGGGAUAUGUCGCAACUACGGGCGAGACGGUGAACAUCGCGGAUGCCUAUUUAGAUCCCCGUUUUGAUCCGUCGGUCGACGAAGGCACCGGAUUUAAACACAACACAAUACUUUGCAUGGCCAUCAAGAAUUCUGAAGGAAGGAUUAUCGGAGUCAUUCAGUUAGUCAACAAAUUCGACGAGUUGCUGUUCACGAAGAACGAUGAGAACUUCGUGGAGGCUUUCGCGAUAUUCUGCGGCAUGGGCAUCCACAACACGCAUAUGUACGAGAAGGCCAUCACAGCCAUGGCCAAGCAGAGCGUUACGCUUGAUGUACUGAGUUACCACGCAUCCGCAUCAUUAGACGACGCUCAACGGCUACGGCAGACGUUAAGGAUACCCUCAUCAGCUCACUUCAGUCUCCACGAGCUAGCAUUCGACGACAUCGACAUGACGGAUGACGACACGCUCCGCGCCUGUCUCCGCAUGUUCCUCGAUCUCGACUUUGUGGAGAGGUUCCACAUUGAUUACAGCGUCCUCUGCCGGUGGCUGCUCAGCGUCAAGAAGAAUUACCGCAAUGUAACGUACCAUAACUGGAGACACGCGUUCAACGUCGCGCAGAUGAUGUUCGCUAUAUUGACGGAGACACAAUGGUGGAAGAUAUUCGGCGAGCUGGAGUGCUUGGCGCUCAUCAUCGGCUGCCUCUGCCACGACCUUGAUCAUCGGGGGACCAAUAACUCUUUUCAGAUCAAGGCUUCAUCACCGCUGGCACAGCUGUACUCCACCUCCACGAUGGAGCAUCAUCACUUCGACCAGUGCCUCAUGAUCCUCAACUCGCCUGGAAACCAGAUUCUGCUCAAUCUGUCCUCAGACGACUACGAGAAGGUCGUCAAAGUGCUCGAAGAUGCUAUCCUGUCCACCGACUUAGCUGUGUAUUUCAGCAAACGCAAAGCUUUCAUCGAGUUGGUCAGCGAAGAACGUCAAGUGAGUCCGUCAUGGGGCGAGUGCGAGGACCGGCGCGGGCUGCUGCGGGCGAUGCUCAUGACGGCCUGCGACCUCGCCGCCAUCACCAAGCCCUGGCCAGUCGAGAGACGGGUGGCAGCCCUGGUCGCCGGAGAGUUCUUCAGGCAGGGAGACCUGGAGAGACAGAACCUGAAUUUGACUCCUAUCGACAUAAUGAACCGGGAUAAGGAAGAUGAGCUUCCAGCAAUGCAGGUCAAGUUCAUAGAUACCAUCUGCCUGCCCAUUUACGAGGCGUUCGCAGUCCUAUCGCCAGCUCUGCAGCCGAUGCUCGACAGGGUGAAGAGCAACCGCGCGCACUGGAUCGACCUCGCCAACAACGACAAGAACGGCGAGAAGUUCGACUACGGCCUCGAGAAAGAACCCGAGAGGAACGACAAGUCCAGCAUUAGCUCGCAAAACGUCGAUGACACAGAAAACACCUACGAAGGCGAUAGCAGCGGCGCCGUCAGCCUCUCGUCAGAAACCAACUCCAAAUACGAGAACCUCGAGAACCCUGUCGUAGGCCUCCUCUGCAACAACGUCCUCACCCUCAGGGAACCCAACAAAUUCUGUCAACUAAAUGACUACUAAAUGUCCAGACUAUGACAAUGUGAUAAACCGUCUCCACGUUUCAGAGGCCAAUAGCGAAGCCAAAUCGUCCAUUUAGGAUGCUAGGUUAAGUACUUUAAGUUUAUCAGCACAACUAACAUUGAUUUCACUUCUUAGUUGUGAUUCGUAAUUAUUGCAUUUUAGAAAUGGUUUUCGUCAUUGUUGCGUUCAUUUGUUUAUAGUUCACUUUUUCCUAUUGGUCUGCUUGGAAUGUUGGGUACGUCAGAUACGUGUACACAUGCACUUCGCGCGAGUUUACUGACAGCUGUGUGAUAUUCGUUUAGUAAAUAGAUGAUUUAGUCGAAUUUGAAGUUUGUCUAAACGCAAGGCGUAAUUAUUCGAUAAGUUGUCAUGACCAUCGCCGCACUAUUUUUAUACACUUCAUUAUGUAGCUUUACAUUUUUAAGUAUGUACCUAAUAAGAGAAAAUUUUACAAGUAGGUAUGUAAUGUUUUAAUUUACCUCAUUCGUCUAUUCCUACUACGUAUUACAUGAAGUUUUUUCGUGUGUCGAUAGUUUUGGUAUCAUUUAAGAUACAUUUUACAGCUAAUGAAAUAUUCAAUUUCUCAUAGAAAAUAAAAUAUUUCUACUAUAAAUACUCUAACCCACGCUAACCGCAGUAAGUGUAAACAGGGCCUAACUGUCGUGACGUAGUUGUAUGACCAAAAUACCAAAAAGUUUUUAUGUAGUUGUUGUACUAAAAUCCUAAUUGUUCUCUAUUGUUCGGAUUUAUCAUGAUUUCUUUCAUACGUAUGUAUUGCAUAUGGAUAUAUUUUUAAAUUAUUAUAAAUUCUAUUAAAACUUAUUAUUAUGGUGACGUAAAUGUGUGUAUGAGAAUAAUGUUGUACACUUCGACAGAUUAGUGUAUGUCAACUAAUAAUUUUCCAUCGCACAACGUAAUUUUGUAAAUAAUUAAUCAAUGUUAUAAAUACUGUAAUACUAACAUGUUGUAAUUUUGGUAAGUACUUAUUAUAAAUUCGGGUUUUCUCUAUUUAAUUGUUCAAGGAUUAUUUUUCUAUGUCUGCUUAUAGGAACCGAGGCCUCGCAUUCAUUUUAUCAAGACAGUUAAGGCACCCGCUGAUCCAUUCCAAUCAUAAUUUCGAUUUAAUAGAUUAUCAUGCAUCGAUUUUGUUUGUGUUGUCCACAAAAGUGUCAAUUAUAUCUGCAAAAUAAAUUAUUUUAAAAAACGAGAUGUUUUUAAAAUAAUAUAAAAGCUGCUAACUUUGUUACUUAUUUUUUAUUGAACUGCAAUGUUUGCACGUUUUCUAUGAAUAAACAUUCGCUAAUAGUUGUC